GUGGUUUCGCGAUGACUGACGACUGACGGUUCGGAUUUGCGGAUCGGUCGUCUUCUUGGUCGCGGAGUGCUUGCGAAAAUUCUACGCCAGAGUUGAGUGAUUUUUUUUCCUGUGGAAAUUUUUCCACAAUCGGAGCGCGCUGGUGAUUGCACCUAGAUUGCAAAAGAAACGAGCUCGAUUCGCCUCCGCCAAGGUAGUGAUUGUGUCGUGAAAUCGUCGCUGCUGGUAGAGCAAAGGAGGACGGAAUAAUUCCGCGGACGAGAAUCGACGCAUCUGUUUUUCCUAGUGGCAGCGGUGUAAUUAUCGUCCCUUUUGCUCAAUUAUUCAUCCAUCGGAAGACGACCUCGUCCCACUGUUCCACCAGGGAGGAAGUUUCAAAGGAAAAGGGUUGCAGACGGAGGAAGGGCCUGUGUGUUAUCAGAUUCCUCUUCUUUUGGAGGGUCGUUUUCUUAUGCUGGACGGAACAGAAGAAGCACCAAGAGGAGAACUGUGAAGCGAUUAUUCUCUUGGGGGAAAGAGGGGAGGAAGACUUUGAUUUUAUCUUUCUGCCCCAAAGACGGAGAGACAGAGGAGAAAGAGAAGAAGGCAGAAACUGAAAAAGCAAUUCCCUCGUUUGCAGCAGAAUAACAGAAAGGAGAGAGCACGCAGAGAGAGGAACACUGGCCACAGUUUGGAAACAAUCAGAAUAACAUAAUGAUGAACGAGGAGUCGGCCCCCAGUAGGAAUGUGGUGUCACAAUUCUUCAAACGAAUUUCGCAGCUGUACCAGCUUCAGUUGGACCGAUGGACCCCGCACACCAAGGUCCGAUGGGUGGCGGCAAUCGUGCUGAUACUGAUCUUCCUGCUUCGAGUAUUCACCAAACAGGGCUGGUACAUUGUGACGUACGCACUCGGAAUUUACCACCUGAAUCUGUUUAUUGCGUUCCUUACGCCGAAGAUCGACCCGGCCCUGGAUCUGGAUGACGACCAGGGCCCAGAGUUGCCGACGAGAUCGAACGAGGAAUUCCGACCUUUCAUCCGGCGGUUACCGGAGUUCAAGUUUUGGUACGCCAUCAGCAAGAGCACGGUCAUCGGCAUCAUCUGCACCUUCUUCGAGGCAUUUAACGUGCCGGUGUUCUGGCCGAUCCUGGUCAUGUACUUCAUCACGCUGUUCUGCAUCACCAUGAAGCGGCAGAUUAGGCACAUGAUUAAGUACCGGUACCUGCCGUUCACCCACAGUAAGCCCCGCUACCAGGCGGUGCCGACGGAAAAGUGACAAUUAAAAGCACAAACCUUGCCAGCAUCAUCCGUUUCUUCGUCGUCGUCAUCGUCGUCCUCGGUCGCUUCAUCGUCGGAGGUUGCCGCCAGUACUGCUUCCCCAGUAGUUCCGGCCAUGGCACCAACAGCACCCGCAACCUCAACGGUGGUUCCGAUCAUUUCGACUGUCUAGGAGAAGAAUAAAAAACCGUACGGAAAACAACCCAAUCAAAGAAAUAAGCCUCCAUCGAGCAACAUGCUUUCGAACAAGCGCAGGAAAAGUCAGAACCCUUACGGCCCCAUUUUGAUAAGAGACUCGAGGAAGAUCAUCCGUUUCGUUUUGCUCUGAUGAGUGAUUUUUCGUUACACGUAGUUGCUUCGAUUUUGAGUUGUUUUUCAGUUAGUAGGUAUGACGAAUGGAAACGAUGAUUCAGAUGGGUUAAUCUGAAGGAGAAAAUCCGUUUCAAGAAGCCCAUCAAAGGCAUUGAUUUGUGCUUACGUCGAUAAAAUUGUAGAAAACCACGAUCUUUUUUUGUUUUACACUAGAAAGUAUCAAAAUUAUCAUUUAUUUCAACUACCAAAAACAAAAAUUCUAGUUUGGCUCCGCGUCGUGGUCGCCUAACGCAAAGCGUGUGUUUGUGCGUUUGGGUUAAGAGUUAUUUCGGGUGUUACGAAACACUCCCAGCAAUAGUGAUUAUUAUUAUUUCCACCGCAAAACCCCCCUUUAUUUUCGUAGUUGAGUAAUGCUAGGUGAAUGUUGAGUUAGUUCGUUUUAUUAUUUCGUAUUUAAGGGCAGUUCCAGUAUAUAUUUUCCCCCUAUUAGUGUAGUAGGUUUAGCAUCAGACUUUCGGCACAGAGCUGUUCAAUAAUCUUUCUCUGUACAUUUCUUAUCACCUCAUCUUUUUUCCUAGCUAGUGUCGUAACUGUUCAAAUAUUACACAAUCGGUGGUACACAAAUGAAGUACACACGAAGAAGUGUAGCUUCUUCAAAGUUAUCAACUACCCGCAGCAGAUAAUUCUAACUAGAUUCCGUUGAAAUUUGCCUUUCUUGUAAAAAGUUUUGAGUUUUGUGAACAGCUUUUUCGCCGAGGCAGCACCCAUUCGAGAUGGUGUGAAUACAUGCAUAGAAGAUUCAUCCGAUGAAAUGAACGUGAGGCGGUGAAACAAAAAAAGGGAACGCAAAACUAUUUGAACAACACAAUUUAAAGUAAUCUACAUUGAGAAAAAAACAUUCUUUAGCCAGAGGACAAAGCAAACAAAAUAUACACACACAGACACAGGAAGGUAAACCGUGGCAACCAGCGCAUUGUAAUAAGAAAAAUCUUGGAUAACCAAAUAAAUAUUACAAAAUGAAA